CAUAUAUUUUGCCUAUUUCUUUCUUGCUUUUGCAAGCAAUGAAGAGACCAAACAAUCAAAGUAAAACUAUGCUGGUUACUCUAGGCCUUUUAACUCUUUCCCUGAUGACUCAAAAUGCCGAUGCAUAUCAAUUCAAGAUUGGUGGUUCUGGUGAAUGGAGCCUUACUUCGGCCUCUUCCUAUGAUCAAUGGGCUCAAAAAAGCCGGUUUCAAAUCGGGGACACCCUUUGGUUCAAUUACCAGGCUAAUGGGGACUCGGUGCUACAAGUUAGUGAAGGCGACUACAAAACUUGCACCACGACAUCACCCAUUGCAAAAUACAGUGAUGGUCACACUAUGAUCAAGCUAAACCAAUCCGGGCCUCACUAUUUCAUCAGUGGUGUUGUAGAUCACUGCAAAAAGAAUGAGAAAGUGAUGAUUGUUGUGUUGGCAGACCGAAGUAAGAGCUCUUCACAAGCCCCGUCUCAAUCUCCAUCUCCAUCUUCAGCUCCACCACCAGCUCCCACUAGUGAAGAGUACCCCUCACCUCCUCCAGCCCCGGGUGCACCAGCACCCGAGAUGACUCCGGCUCCGGCUCCUUCAGAUGAUAGCCAUCCACCUCCUCCCAGCCCGAGUGGUGCAUCUUUUAUUGUUGUGAAUUUCUUUUACUCUGUUGGAGCUUUUGUUGGUUUCUCCGUUCUUUUUUGAUUUUUGAGUAUGUUUUGUUUAUUAAUAUGAACACUUUGUUAAAUAAGUUCAUUGUAACUGUAUUGUGUCGAGUAUAUAAGAAUGUAUGUAUAAUUGUAUGUGAUCGAAGAUUUUCAGAAUAUGAUCAACUAUUGAUGAAAGUGAAGUAUGUUUAAUAAAGCUGAUGCGGUAUUUGUGUA